CAGGUUCCUUGGGAGAAUACAAAAGGGUGCGCUGGGUUCCAGACUUGAUCCGAAGUAGAUCCUGGAGAGGCGUGCUCCAUCGUAACUGUGAGAGGGCGGCGGGAGAGAAGCGUCGUGGGGAGCGACUGAAGAUCCGUAACCGGAAGUGUCAUCUCUAAGACGCCGUUUCCGGAAGUGUGGCCGAACCUCAGCGGCACCCGGAAGUGUGGUGCUGCCCUGGCUUCGGGAGUCAGGAUCAUUUGAGAUACAGAGCUUAAAACAGGGAUGUGCAGAUGGAGGCCGGCGGAGACGCUGCUGCCCCAGCCCCUGGGGACGCGCAGGACUUGGAGGACACGCAGGACUUGGAGGGCACGCAGUUCCCUAGUGAGGAGACUGGAGAUGGUGGAGUUCUGUCGGGCCCACUGGAUCCCGGAGACGGAGAACUGGAGGAAACAGGACCCAAAGCUGAGGAUGAACCACCCAGCCGCCUCUCACCACUGCCCCAGCCAGAAGUCCCAUCAAGCACCUGUGAACACUGGAAUUCUGCAGCCUCAGACAGCAGUCCCAUUCAUGGCCCAGAGAGUGGCUGUGGGGGCCAGGGAGGAGACCCCAGUGACGAGGACUGGCGCAACCAACGGAAGCAUGUGUUUGUGCUGAGUGAGGCUGGCAAGCCCAUCUACUCACGGUACGGUAGCGUGGAGGCGCUGUCAGCUACCAUGGGCGUGAUGACAGCCCUGGUGUCCUUCGUGCAGACCGCUGGGGAUAACAUCCGCGCCAUCUACGCCGAGGACCACAAGCUGGUGUUCCUACAGCAGGGUCCCCUGCUGCUGGUGGCCAUGUCACGGACUCCUCAGUCAGCCGCCCAGCUCCGAGGGGAGCUACUAGCUGUGCACGCACAGAUUGUGAGCACACUGACACGUGCGAGCGUGGCCCGCAUCUUCGCACACAAGCAGAACUACGACCUCCGCCGCCUGCUGGCUGGCUCUGAGCGCACACUGGACCGGCUUCUGGACAACGUGGAGCGAGACCCCGGGGCCCUGCUCCUGGGAGCCGUGCGCUGCGUGCCACUUGCCCGCCCACUGCGGGAUGCACUGGGCACGUUGCUGCGCCGCUGCACGGCACCUGGCCUGGCAUUGUCUGUGCUGGCAGUCGGCGGCCGACUGAUAACAGCAGCCCAGGAACGGAACGUGCUGGCUGAGUGCCGGCUGGAUCCAGCUGACCUGCAGCUGCUGCUUGACUGGGUGGGGGCACCAGCCUUUGCAGCGGGUGAGGCCUGGGCACCCGUGUGCCUGCCCCGCUUCAACCCCGAUGGAUUCUUCUAUGCUUACGUGGCCCGCCUGGAUUCCAUGCCUGUCUGCCUGCUGCUGCUUGGCACCCACCGGGAAGCCUUCCACGCCAUGGCUGCCUGCCGGCGCUUGGUGGAGGAUGGAAUGCGCAGCCUCGGUGCCCUGCGUGCCCUCGGGGAAGCUGCCAACUUCUCCAGUUCCCAGGAAGCCAGUGCCCCUGCCUACAGCGUGCAGGCUGUAGGUGCACCUGGCCUCCGUCACUUCCUCUAUAAGCCACUGGACAUCCCUGAUCAUCAUCGCCAGCUGCCACAGUUUACCAGCCCCGAGCUCGAGGCCCCAUACAACAGAGAGGAGGAGCGGCAGCGGCUCUCGGACCUGUACCACCGCCUGCACGCCCGCCUGCACAGCACCUCUAGACCCCUGCGCCUCAUUUACCACGUGGCUGAGAAGGAGACGCUGCUGGCCUGGGUGACCUCCAAAUUCGAGCUCUAUACCUGCCUCAGCCCCCUGGUGACCAAAGCUGGUGCCAUUUUGGUAGUGACCAAACUCCUACGCUGGGUGAAGAAAGAGGAGGACCGACUCUUCAUCCGAUGCCCACCCAAGUACUCCACACCCCCAGCCAGCUCUGCGGACCAGGCUCCCCACAAUGGCUUGUUCACUGGACUCUGAAUGGUAGUGCUCAGACUGCUGGAAGUGGCCCACCUUGGCUUCUGCCUUCUGUCUCUGCCCUAAAAAUGUGGGGAUUUGUUGGUGGCUGAUACCUGUCUCUCUGAGCAGUUGGCCAAGAUAUGACAGCUGCCCACAAAUGGGAGAUGGGUGGCAGCAGCCAGGGGCCCAGCGAGCCCUUCUAGACCCUUCAUGUACCUGCACCUCUACAGAAAGUACUAGGUCUCCACACUCUGCCUCACCUCCUCACCGUGGAAGAUGGUCCAGCCUCUGUCAGGGACUGUCCCCUCUAAACUCACUUCAGAAGGCUUUCCAAUUGAACUGAGCCCAGAAUGCACAGGGCAGGCCAGGUCUCCAGGGUGGGUGGUAGGAGUUCUAGAAUUGGGAAUGCAGGGUCAGCCUGUGCCCAUAACCAGCCUGAGGGUAUUUAGAAAAAGGAAAAAGUACGUAAAAGGCUUAAAAUUAAGCCCAUUAGAAUUUUCCCUUGCCCCUUAUCUGAAUCCUGCCUCCAAAAUGAGCCACAUUAAUGACAGCUGCUUCAAGUAUUAAUGAGAAAGGAGCUUCCGGUACCCACCUGUGUAGCACAAGGUGUACAGUAACACAAGGUAUACAGAAAGUAGGUGUAAUCUGCUUCUGAAGCUCAUCUUAUUAACGAUCGCACCAGUAACUCCCAAGGGCCGUAAUGAAAAUUCGCAAACAGAAAGGGAGGGAUUCAAACUCACAUACCACUACACAUCACAUGCACGUUUACCCAGAUGCUGGCAACCUGCAACAACACAAAAUCUUCCAGAAAGAUCUUCCAGAGAGUUUGCACGUGUGUACAACUUCAUUCCCCAACUGUCCAAUACAACGGUAUUGUUUGUCUAAAAGCAGUUAGGGCCUGGUGAGUAUAGGCAUGCGUGGUGGUGUUGGGGGGGGGGGGGCGCAACAGAUGCUCUGCACAUGCUCAGUGGAUACCCCAGUGGAUAUUCCUGCCCCCUGUUAGCAAAUGGCGAGUUGUUUAGCACGCAUGCGCACUACCUUUCGCUUGUCCGGGUGUUUUGUUUUUUUAAACCAAUCGUUAAAGGCUUUAGAGCAAGACUCGCGUUGGAAAAUGGCGGAGAACCUGGAGUGCUUGAAGGAAGAGUCAUCGGAAGCCGUGGAGGAGGGUGAAGGUAGUGAGGGCCGGUGGUCCGCUCUCUUCCUUCCCGAGGACAGAAGGGAGGGAGGAUUCGACCCUGUAGUUAACCAUAACAAAAUGAUGGCAGCAGUAGCUUUUUGAAAAAAGUAAAACUUUAAACCUCUUAUUACUGAAACUGAACUGUUCCACAAAGUGGAAAUAAAUAACAUGCACAUUUUCAUCACCUAGGUUAACUUUUGUCAAUCUUACUGACUUGUUCAAUUAUUUUUAAGUAAUUGUAAUUAUUUUAAAUAGUUCAUAUGUAUCUCUUCAAAUGUAACAGGGCAAAAGGUUAAGGAAAAAAAAUAAACAUCUGGCUUUUGGCACGCCUAAGAAAAUAAGCUGAUCUUCCCAAUAUCAGCAUUUCGCACCCAGCUUAGGUAACACUAAAUGGAUUCUUAAUUGACAAUAGCUCUUCUCAAAUUUGACAUGUUUGAUGAUGACAAUUGAUCACCCAGGUGAGGUCAGUGGUAAUUUAUCCUAGACACUAUUGGAAAUUGUAGACCCAUGGGAAGGGAGGUGUGUCCCCAAGGUAAUCCACUAGUAUGCCUCUAGCAAUUUUUUAAAGAGAUUUUCAAAAUACAGCCAAGUAGAGAAAAUAGCAUGAGGAAUAUCCAUGUAACUGUCACUCUUGAUUCAAUAGACAUUCAAUUUCCUGCCCUUUACCUGUCUCUUACUUUCCUGCACUCUUUAAAUCAGUAUAAUAAUAAACACAUAAGAUUAUAUCUUGUCAAACUUAGGCUUACAGACAUCAAGGUAAUUACUUACUUGUCUAUUACCUGUCCUAGGGCGUGAGCUCCAUGAGAACAAAGACAGUUUACUGCCAUCUCCCCAGUACCUAAAGCAGUGCAUAGUUGGCACACACAUGGUGGUCUGUAAUUUUUGAUGGGUGAAUAAUGAAGUAACUUUAACUCAAAGUGUUGUCUUAGAGCCAACUUUCAAAAGAGAAAAAAAGGAUAGAAAUUAGACAGAUACUUUAAGUAUAUAGUAUAGCUACCUGUGAUUUAAAAAAAAAAAAAACUACCUUUCAGAUUGCUUCAAAAUUGAAUUUGUGAUUAUCUUCAGCAAUGGAGAAUACUGAAAAACACUGAGGAUUUCUAACCCAUCACAUGAGGUUUAUGUAAAGAAGGGGGUAAUAUCUAGCACUGAUGAUCCCGAGGCAAUAUAUACCUUCUCUUACCUCACUGGGAAAGGGAAUGCCCAAUAAAGGUUUUGCUGUGGGCAAUUGGGAAGAGUAUUUGUAGUGUCUAAAAUACUUUCCACAUCUGCAAUCACCAUGUUAAGUAAUUAUAGGAAAGUACAUAGUUGCAUGGCCCAGGAGUGAUUACUAGAGUGUUAAAGGAGGUCAAAUAAGGAAUAUUCAUAGAAAUGGCCAAAUCUGUAUGUCCACAUACACUGGAGUGCAGGGAGGGGGAGGGGAAGGAAGCUGGUGGAUUCUUUUUUUUUUUUUUUUUCUCUUUGAAAGGCAGAUAAAAGUAAUUUUUAAUGGGUAAAAUCAUUUUUCAGCCAGGCAUGGGUAUCAAAUGCCUAUGAUCCCAGCACUUGGGAGGCUGAGGUAAUCGAAUUGUUAUGAGUUCAAGCCAGCCUGGUCUACGUAGUGAGAUCCUGUUCUCAAGAAAAUGAAAAAAAGUUAAAGAAAGAGCUCUUUAAAAAAGUCAAGUAAGCCAGCUGGGCCCAGAAUAGAAAGGAGAAAUGUGAAGUAUAUAUAGUCUUUUGUGUGUUAAACAGGAAAAUAGCUGAAAACAGCUUAUCAGAUAACUGGACAAAGGACUCAAAUUUUGGGGGUGUUGAAGAGGUGGAGGCAUUUGUGUGAUUUAUAUUUCUUUUGGAAAAGUUUAGGUUAUCUUAUGUAAUUUUAAAAUAUAAGGGAGGAGAGGGAAAAGACACACACACACACACACACACACCCCGCCCAAGGAUCAUACAUUAACAUUGGAUCGGGAUUACGAUCCAGAGGUUUAGUUUUAUGGUUGCACUGUGGUUACUUUGCAGAUUCUCUCUGUAUAUAGGAAGUACACAUUAGGCUUAAGGAGCAAUGGGCCAUAAUGUUGGCCACUUACAGUACAAAAACCAAGAUAGGGAAUCUGAUACAAGGUUAGGUGGAAGCACUGUGGCCUAUUUCUACAACUUUGUGUACAUCUGAAACUAUUUCAAAAUAAAAUAUUUAAAAGGGAA